GUCGUCUUUACAAUGAUGUUGGUUUGUUACUUUGUCGUUUGCCUGGUGAUGGCUUCCUUUGGGGGAGUUCGGGGCAGUGCUGAGGUGAUGAGCCAUGUUACAGCACAUUUUGGGAAAGCACUUGAAGAAUGCAGGGAGGAGUCAGGAUUAAAAACAGAAGUGAUGGAGGAAUUCAAACAUUUCUGGAGCGCCGACUUCGAAGUGGUGGACCGCGAGCUGGGCUGCGCCAUCAUCUGCAUGUCCAACAAGUUCUCCCUGCUCCAGGAAGACACCAGGAUCCAUCACGUCAACAUGGACGAGUACAUAAAGAGCUUCCCCAACGGCGAGGUCCUCUCCCAGAGAAUGGUGCAAAUGAUCCACAAUUGCGAGAAGCAUUACGACGACAUCGCGGACGAGUGCGACCGGGUUGUGAAGGUAUCUGCCUGCUUCAAAGCCGACGCUAUUAAGGAGGGAAUUGCCCCAGAAGUCGCCAUGAUUGAGUCAGUCAUGGAGAAAUAUUGAUUGAAGAAGAAAUAAUUUGUGUGUGCAAUAAAAUUGUUUUAUUG